AUGUGUUUCCCCGCCCACGACAGCGAAGGCCAAUGGGGGCCGCGGAGGCGCCUCCUCCGGGAAGAUGUUUUACCACGUGAGCAGGGCACAGGGUGGCGGCGAGGGCAGCGUCAAGAGGAGGAGCGAAAUGGAAGGCUGGGACUAGGGGCGGCUUCUUCUUGCCUAUAUUCCUCCCGUUCCUUGCCCGACUCCAUUCCACUUUCCCCACAGAUCUCCCUGGAGCACGAGAUUCUGCUACAUCCGCGGUACUUCGGCCCUAACCUGCUCAACACGGUGAAACAAAAGCUCUUCACCGAGGUGGAGGGGACCUGCACCGGCAAGUAUGGCUUUGUAAUUGCCGUCACUACCAUCGACAAUAUCGGUGCUGGUGUGAUCCAACCAGGCCGAGGCUUUGUCCUUUAUCCAGUUAAGUACAAGGCCAUUGUUUUCCGGCCCUUUAAAGGGGAGGUCGUGGAUGCGGUGGUCACUCAGGUCAACAAGGUUGGACUCUUCACAGAAAUUGGUCCCAUGUCCUGCUUCAUCUCUCGACACUCCAUCCCAUCAGAGAUGGAAUUUGAUCCUAACUCCAACCCACCGUGUUACAAAACGAUGGAUGAGGACAUUGUGAUUCAGCAGGACGAUGAGAUCCGCUUGAAGAUUGUGGGAACCCGUGUGGACAAGAAUGACAUCUUUGCUAUCGGCUCCCUGAUGGAUGAUUACUUGGGGCUUGUGAGCUGA